CGUAUGUUAGAAGUAGUGAAUCGCUAACUACCGGUCUUUAACUGCGGGAAAGCUACAAUGCUGUGGGUUAUUAUGAUGUAGCAACAUGCUACCUAAUCAUCUAAACACAUGAUUAUGUUAACGUGUAUACGAAUAUCACAUACGAGUGACAAUUAAAGUAAAAGAGACAAUCCGUUCAGAGAGUACAGGGAAGCUUCUGCGAGUCUGACACGCGCUUCGAAUUCAGCUCGGGAGGCAAGCUUCACUGCAAUCCUAUACGUUUGGCUGAGGAGCGUGACCGACCUCGUCUCGCCAUGAGCUCCAAAGUGUGUAAGAACUGCGGGGGCUCUGACAUCGAUGUGGACCAGUCGAGGGGCAAUGCGGUGUGUAUGGGCUGUGGGUCUGUCCUGGAAGACAACAUCAUCGUCUCCGAGGUGGAGUUUGUGGAGACGGGAGGUGGAGGCUCAUCUGCCGUGGGGCAGUUUGUUGCUGGAGACUCUACUGGAAGGAACCCCACCUUUGGAGAAGGGUACUACACCGGUGUUGGCAGGGAGUCACGGGCCCAGACACUACAGAAUGGGAAACGUCAGAUCAUGUCACUGGGUCACCAGCUGCAGCUGAACCAGCACUGCCUGGAUACGGCCUUCAACUUCUACAAGAUGGCUCUGGCUAAACGCCUGACUAGUGGACGCAAGUCUGCCCAUGUGAUCGCAGCCUGCCUGUACCUGGUCUGCAGGACCGAGGGGACCCCCCACAUGCUGCUGGAUCUAAGUGACCUCCUUCAGGUGAAUGUGUAUGUCCUGGGGAGGACAUUUCUGGUGCUGGCCAGAGAACUCUGCAUCAACGCUCCAGCUAUAGACCCGUGCCUGUACAUCCCUCGCUUCACCCAGCUGCUGGAAUUUGGAGAUAAGAAUCGUGAGGUCUCCAUGACGGCUCUGAGACUGCUGCAGAGGAUGAAAAGGGACUGGAUGCACACCGGAAGAAGGCCUUCAGGGCUCUGUGGCGCAGCUCUGCUGGUUGCCGCUCGCAUGCACGAGUUCCGGCGCACCGUUAAGGAGAUCAUUGGUGUGGUGAAGGUGUGUGAGGCCACGCUACGAAAAAGGUUGAAUGAGUUUGAAGAAACCCCUACCAGUCAGCUGACCAUUGAGGAGUUCAUGAAGGUGGACCUCGACCAGGAGUGCGACCCUCCGUCCUUCACCGCAGGACUGAAGAAGAAGAGGAUGAAGGAGCUUGAGAUCGAGUUGGAGAAAAAGAUUGAGGAUGUUCAAGGCGAGGUCCACUGCUACCAGGAUGAGAUUGAGAUGGAGCUGGAGAUGAGCAGGCCCAAGUUGAGAGGGGUGUUUUCCUCAUAUGCCAAAAGCGACCCUCUGAGCAACGACGACGCGUCUGUUGCUUCCGAGGUUCCUGAUUCGGACGACCUGGAGGACGAGGAGCUGAAGGCCGUGGCCCAGCACCUCAGCCAGGGCCUGUGUGACCAGUCUGACUCCGGAGAGGACCAGGAGAAGGAGGACGACGACAAGUGCUUUCAACGUAAAGGCCCCUCUCUGGCCUCCAUUCUGGGGCCCCUGCCCACCGCGGCCAGCCUGGGCCUUGACGAAUCCAUCACCGAGUGCAUCGGAGAGGGGCAGGAGAACGAUGGAGCCACAGAGAACGGAGACCUGGACCUGAGUGGGAUCGAUGACGAUGAGAUUGAGCUGUAUCUCCUGAACGACAAAGAAGUCAAAAUCAAGACUGACCUGUGGAUGCUGCAAAACAGCGAUUACUUGAAAGAGCAGAAAGAAAAAGCGGAGAGGAUAGCCAAGGAGAAGGAACUGGGGAUCUUUAAGGAGAAGAAGCCCAAGAAGUCCGGCAGGAAACGGACUGAGAUCCGAGCCAGCACCGCUGACGAAGCCAUCGAGAAGAUGCUGGAGCAGAAGAAGAUCUCCUCCAAGAUCAACUACGACGUCCUGAGAGACCUCAACGUCAAGCCCUGUGCCAGUGCUGCCCGGCAACAGGCGGAGCCCCAGGGUGGAACCAAGAAGCUAAUUGGACGAAGCCGUAACCCGAACGUGCCUUUGAGUUUGGGUACGCCCCUCAGCAGCCUUGGGAAGAGGUUACAGCCCUUCAUCUCAGGACCACCCCAGAAGAGGAUGGCUCUGGACCAGCUGGCCGGCAGCGCCCCCCUGCCAGCGCCCAGCCAGCCCCCCAGCUCCGUCCUGGUGGAGGAGGGCCCCGUGGUGUACGACGAGGGGCCCGACGAGGAGGAGGAGGAUGAGGAGGAGGCCUGCGUCAGCGCCAUGCAGCUGAUGGGGAGCAGUGAGUACGGCUGUGACGGCGACUACGAGGACUGAGCGUCGCGUCGCCUCUCCUCCGGCCGGCUGGCUCGACUUGGUGGAUCGAACUGCCACAUCCACGCCCCUUUAGUUUUGUGUCUUGAUGUCGGAGGGUGUCUGAGAGACUAUGAGUGGUUGGGAUCAGAAUGAGGUCCAGCUCGUCUAAGGCUGCAUGUUGACAGUUGGGGUGGUAACGAUGAGGUCGUCUGGGUCUCUGGUGAAGACCAAACAAAGCACUACUGCUCCACUCCUAUAUCGAGCGCUCUGCCCAAACCUGCUAGUCUGCUUCCUACAUGUCAACAAGCAGAGCUGGCGUUCCGUCUCCCACCAAGGAGGCCUGUAUUAGUCCUCACAUCAUGGAUGAGGUUAAGGGGAUCAGUCAAACCAGUGUUAUGAAUAUCUCAGCUGUUUGGCAGAGAAUACACUUGAAAGCUGCUGUUUGAAGACAUUGCUAUUAAACUGCCUUGAAUUUGUCAAAUUAUCAUAGUUUUUCCCUUAGUUAAAAAAAUGUGUGUUAGGAAGAGGUUUGUAUUCAGAUAAUAAUAUAUAGACUCGUUCCUGUUUUUGCCAAGGCUUGGCUAAUUUGAUUGUUAGCAAGUUGUUUUUCUUGUGACUGUUGUCGCAGAAUGUCAAUAAGAAUCAUUCUUACUAAAUGCUCUGUUGAGUUCUUAAAAAAAAAAAAAGGGUAUUCACUUAAAUUGUGAUAUCAUAUAUGAAUAAUUGAUUACUUGGUAUGCAGUUAAUUGAUUCAAAUUCAAUGGGUUAAUUGCAGCUGUGACAUGGUUUUGUUACGAAGCUUUUAUUGUUUUAUUUUUUUGUGGAGUAUUCCCUAUAUUUAAGAAGGCGAGGGUCGUGACCUGCUAAUCCCUCAACACUGCUGCUACUGUACAUACAUCCCAGGUUGACAAUGUUGUUUGUGUGCUGCCACAGUAAAUACCACACUUACUGAGAAAA